AUGAACUUCUUGAUGAAUGUUCUUUAUACUGCUCCAAUGCAUGAAAUAUAUUUCGAUGAUUCGCCGGACAUCUUCAAAGCGUUUCCGGAGUAUUUUAUCGAAGACGUUGUGGACGCUCUGUUUUUCGUUAUAGAAAACUCAGCGUCAGCAUUAAGUGAAUUAUCGCUGGAUGAGAUGCCUUUCCAUAUUUUGGUGUUGGUGUGCAAUCCAUCGCUGUUCAAAAACCCAUAUCUGGCCGCUGGGGUGAUCGAAGUUAUCUUCUUGCUGUGCUCGCAGUCCCAUGCUGCAGCGCGUAAUUUUUUACAAGCGAUACUGAAUCAUCCCUUAUCCGCUGCCAACCUGUACAAGUCACUGACGAAGUUCUACUCAGGUAAGAGUUCAUUCAUUCACAAACAGUCUUAUGCCCAAACAGUAGAUGACAUAAGGAGAAUAUUUCACUCUGUUUCGUUGGGAAUUAGCUUGAAAGCAUUUGUUUCCAGUCGUUUAUCUUGGCGAUUCUUUUUCGAUAGCUUUUCCUGUCAGGAUAUUUGUGAGAAAUUACAAGGAGCUUCUAGGGGUGUCAGGGCACAGUUGCGGUGCAAGAGUAUACGUUUGUGUCGGUUUGCUGUCAUGUGAUU